UAAGUCAUUCAAUUUACUGCCCCAAGAAUCCUCAUCGUUCAGCAAGUUAAUUAAUCAAUCUUCCAUCGUAAACCUUACUUUUGUAUCCACGAUGAAGUUCUUAAUCACUUCCACCGUCGCUGCCCUCGCUACGUGCGCCAUCGCUACAUCUUACAGCCUCUCUUAUGAUACCAACUACGAUGUGGGAUCCAACUCACUUAACACGGUGGCCUGCUCAGACGGCUCCAAUGGUUUGGAGUCGCGUGGCUACACUACUUUCAGUUCUAUUCCCAACUUUCCUUACAUCGGAGGUGCACCCCAGAUCACAGGCUGGAACUCAGCAUACUGUGGGUCGUGCUGGGAAAUCACCUACUCCAGCUCGUCGGUGACCACCACCAAAUAUGUUACCGCCAUUGACGUCGGUGAUGAGGCACGGGAUGGGUUCAACCUGUCACUUGAGGCUAUGAACGACCUCACGGGUGGACAGGCCGAGUUUUUAGGGCGCAUCACCGUUACGGCCACCCAAGUUGAUGAAAGCAAUUGCGGUCUGUGAGACCGUGAAAUUAGGGAUUAGGGUAAGCAAUAUACUCUGAGCCCCGUCAAAUACAAAGGCAUCUCGUACUCACCAGCUUGAUAGGUGUGUGAUGCAAUUUCUUUUCUUUCUUUUCUUUUGCAGUUGAUCUUUGGCUUUCGUGUACGGACAAUAUGGGCACUCGCAGAGACGUUAAUCACGAGCAACACAUGUACCUCUUUCUUUUUGGAACAUUGGUAGUAUACUGGUCUCACACGACCCACGCGUGUAAAAGAGUACCAAUGAAUUUGCAGGAGAACGCGUUGUUUGCAUAUCCACGUGCGCCCACAGUUCGGCCUUGACUACAUAGUCUGACUAAGUGUCCAUGCUGUACAUGUACGCGUACGAUAUGAACGGAAGUAUUUGUAUGUCACCUGACCGUGUAUGAUUCGAAAUUCCACGCGUUGAAAUCUGUUGAAAUGCUGCU